GAAAAGAGCACGGUGCGUAUUCGUGCAGUUUCCGUUUACUAGCAGCGCAGUGCGCAGUGAAGAGCGAUCCGACGUACACAAAACGGCCAUCAUACAUCAAAUGGCACAAACAGUGUGCUUCUGGUGCGUGAAAGUGUGGCAGCAGCUGAACUGUUUGUUGUGUAAUCAAUGAAGAACAGCGAAGAUUAAACGUAAAUCGUGUUGUAGUGGAAGUGUGAAAUUGUUUCGAUUCCAUGCGUUGGCUGCAAUAAUUGGCCAUCUACGAACCGCGGAAAUCGGGCUUCUUUAUUACUGUGGUCGGCUGGUUGUUCUGUGGUGGUACUGUAGUAGUGGAAAGCAUAACAGAAUCAAGUAUGGCCUCAACGUCAUCGUGGUCGUCGACACUGGCGACACUGGUAGUGCAAUCGGCAGUGCAGUAGACACCCAUCAGCGAAGUGGCGGGGCAACAGCGUUGUUGUUCAGCACACAGCAAAAAAAAGAUGCCUCAGUGGUUUCCCGUUGCUCAAUGGAUUCAACAAUUUGCGAGUGAUCUGUACGACAGUGAAUCCCAUUGCAAACUAUUGCCCCUCCAAGCAAGAUGUAUCUGCAGGCGCAAGUCGUCCUGAUAUUAACCCAGCUGCUCCUCAUUGUGCGCGUGACGGAUCAGACGAAAUGUGCCCUGACGUCCUCGUACGGUCGCGUCUCAGUGAGUUACUUCGCUACACUACCCACGGUGACGCCCGGCGACGACGACUUCGACGAUGACGCCGGCAAGUUCGACCGAGCGGGGGACGCUUCAACGCCGGCGCUAGCCAACUAUCCCGCGAUAUACAAUGACGACGACGACGACGAUGUAAAUAGUUUUCUCAAGGUGCUAGACUGCACCGACACAAGUCUGCGGGCGGUAAAUGAAGAAUAUCUGCGCCCCGUAAGCUCCUACCGGGGCGUUCUGCUCGAGCGCGUUCCCGUGGUCAAUGUGGCGUCCGAUCAUCUUGGGCUCAAGAACGAAAAUUAUCUCGAAAUCGUACGUUGGCGCGACAGUAACGUCACGGAGCAGCAGCUAGCGCUGACGUUCGCCCGAGACGAUCGGAAGUUCAGCAACCUGCAUACGCUGGAUUUGAGCGCCAAUCAGCUGAGCAACGCGAAGAGAGACCACUUUAGCCGACUGGAAGGGCUCCGGCGAUUACUGCUAGCUACUAAUAAAUUACACAAACUUCAGAGUGAUAUUUUCUACGAUCUACCGCAGCUGGUCGAGUUAGAUCUGCGCGGCAACCGACUGAACGAACUGUCACCAAACCUGUUCCGGCCGCUCGGCCAGCUGCGGGUGCUCCAUCUUUCGAACAACACGAUCAAUGAUCUUCCACGCAACAGCUUCGCCGGGCUGGGCAACCUGACCGAGCUGCAUUUGGCGCACAACCGAUUGUACGUGAUACCGUUCCAGCUGUUCCGUGAGCUGCGCUCACUCGAGGUGCUCGAUCUGGCCGGGAAUAUGCUCGUCUCGUUUCUAGACAACUACUUCCUGCCCAACAAACAACUGCGCGUGCUGCGCCUGCGCGGGAACGGCAUCGAAAAGAUCUCCAAAAAUGCACUGUACGGGUUGCGACGACUGCAGAGUCUUGAUCUGUCGGCCAACCGACUGGUGUUUAUCGAUCGCAACGCAUUCGAUACACUCGACGAGUUGCGCUACCUGCACGUCGAGCAAAACCAGAUCUACAUUCUACCAUCCACCGUCUUCUCGGCCCUUCGCUCCCUGCGGACACUCAAUCUGAGUAACAAUCUGAUGCGUGCCCUUCCGAACUCGAUCUUUGCUCACCAGCGUUCGCUCAUUCGCUUGCAUCUCGAUGCGACGAACCUCGAAACACUGAGCAACUGGGUUUCGCGCAGCAACCACACCGUCAACAGGGACAUACUGCGGAACUUACGGUACUUGUCGAUUCGCAACAACACGCGCCUGAAGGAAAUCGAACCGUGCGUGUUCCGCAACGUUCCCGGACUGGAAACAUUGCUCCUUUCGCACAACCGACUGACGAGCCUACCGAAGGAGAUCGGCGAGCUGCGGCGGCUGCGCUACCUGGACGUGGCUAGCAACGAUAUCAUGUAUAUUCCGGAGCAGAUACGCACACUGCACGAGCUCCAGUACGCCAACUUUCUCGAUAACGACUACGGUUGUGAUUGUCACAUGUACUGGAUCCUGGGCUGGUUGGACGAGCUUCAGGCCGUUAAUGAUACACAGAAGAUCUACGAUCUGCUACGACUGUCCGAGCUGAAGUGUCGGAACGGCUACCCGGGUGAUAUUGUGCGCGUACUACAGCACAUCAGUUGCUUCCAGCCGGAGCUACUGCAGGCAUCCGACAGUCGCAUGCAUUUGCUCAAAUCCGACGCCGUGCUGGAGUGCGUUUUCACCGGCAAUCCACCGCCGGAUAUCAUCUGGAUUACGCCCAAGAACGAAGUGCUGCGACACACCCAGGAACAGGAUCAGAAAUCGUUGCUAUUCGAGGCGGAGGAUGGUGCGCAGCAGCGGAAGUACCAGCAGGCAGUCGAGUUCCAGAUGCUGGCGAAUGAUAAUAUGACCGGGGAUGGGCUGCGAGACGUUGGCGGAAUGGGCAUUACGCUGUUGGAGAACGGGUUCCUACGCAUUCACAACAUUUCGCGCCGAGAUAGUGGAUUGUACACUUGCUAUGCUAUCAAUAUUAUGGGUAAUGCUACGGCAGACAUACGACUUUACAUCGAUCCCAUCGUGUUCUAUCGCGUUAAGAUAGGUAGCAUUAUAACGGGUGCAAUAUCAGCUGCCUCUUUCCUGGCACUGACACUGAUCUUCCAAGGUAUCCGGCGUAUCUUUAAACGGUUCCGGCUCAUCGAACUCAUCUGUCAAAAUUGCUGCAGCUACUGCUACAAGACCGACAAGACGUCGUCGAAAGCACGGCAGAUUUACGCCAUGCUCGACAACAUCGAGCACUACAAAAGCCAACAGCUGGAGCGCUUGCGGGAGAACUACACCCAACAGGUGCACCGUAUUAAAGACAACUGUGCACAGCAAGUCGAUUGGAUACAGGGAAGCUACUCGACACAGGCGAAGCAUCUUCGGGAAAUACGCGACAUCGGCACGCAUCAUUUGACGACCCUGCGCGAUCAAUACUACGACCAGGUCCGGCGCGUCCGUGAUUAUUCUACCGGUCAGCUGACCUGGGUGCGUGAAAAUUACGUGUUCCAACGCAACAAGAUCCGCAAAUUUAGUGCCCAUCAAGCGCUUCGUUUGCGUGAAGGUUACAAGUACCAGCAGCAGACGCUGAACAAGGUCCUGGAAAAUUUGCCCAGCUUCUACUUUGAGAACUGCCGCGGUCGGAACGAAGAAGACGAAGACUUCGAUGGUUUCGAGGUGUAUCUGAAGGCGAAGAUCGAGAAACUAUCACAGAUGGAGGGCGAAAAAGCACCUACGAAAGCGAUUGGUUCCGAGUAUGCACUCAAAUAUUUGGAAAAUAUGUCCACCAAAAGCGUGGAUGAGAGUAAAGCAUCGGUGUACUUUACGCCAACCGAUGGUCACGCCAGCCCAGAACCACAGCUCUCGCCGAUUCAUAUCAACUACAUCGACGAUCACCAUCACAAUCUAGGGGACAAUGACCUAUCUGCACCAUUGGCCACGAUGAACAGGGCGCUGAUGAUUGGUGGAGUGGGCGAUACGCCAAAAUCAUUCAAGUCUGCCAUCGGUGGCCAUGUCGCUAUUGGUAGCGAUAUACCGCUAAAGUCGAUCAUGAAACCAUCUACAAAGUUCCUGUAUGACAAGAAUCUGGGCAAGUACCGGCUCUGCUAUCAGCCAAACCUGCGCCUAAGUGGCGGUUACGCAGACGAAGAUGAUGACACAAUGCGAAUGACCGAUGCUGCUGUCGCAACUAAGGUUGACGGAGGGUUCCGUUUCGAGCAGUACAACGAUCCGCUUGAGGGGGAUUCGGCCGAUGACGAGCACCACAAUUACAGCCUUAAGAAUAACCGGAAGCAUAGGCGCAAGAGAAAACUCGCGCUGAUGGGAGGUGUAGGCAAUGGUAGCGGGGGAGCCAGUGGGUCCGGAUCCGGGUCUGCUGGUAGCCGAAUCGAUGGAAGAGGCUGCGAGUACGAAACGUUACUGAUGAAGAAUAUGAACAGUCGAAAUCCACGAGAUUCGCAUUAUGAGAUCAUUCACGUCAACAAGCUUAACAACGGUGUUAGUAGCAGUCCAUACUUUAUGGGCGGCUUAUCCGGUGCCUGUGGGAGUGGUUGGACGGCAGGAAGAGCCAUUGGCAGUCGUAGACGUCCACCGGUGGAAGGGAACGAAUUCUAUUACUCGCUAGAGGAUAUGAUUCAGGAUAGCAAUAAAAAGAUUCGUCAGCUGAUCUAUGAUUCCAAGAUCGACAUCAUGAACGAAGUAAUCGGUAACGGAUGCGGCAUCACAGACGAUAAACCGAGCACAAGCGGUCGAAGUAACAACAGGGCCAGCAACAAAAGCAUCAACUAUGAUUCUUGUGGCAGCAACGCGCAAAAAUUGGUGCCAGAUGAAGGCGUCGCUGUCCGGAACAGUUCUGGUCGAGCGGGACGAAAACACGUUCCGCACGAUGACGAAUACGGUGGAAGUGGAAGCAACACCAGUUCCAGUAGUAGCAGAAACAAUAGUUGUAGCAACGGUUGCAGCAGCAACAGCAGCAGUGGCAACAGCUUUAAGCAAACCUCGUCCGGGUUCGGAAUGGCGAUCGGUACGGCAAGAAGCAGCACCUCGUCGCUAAUGACCCCAAAUCCAACUACGACGACAACGACUGCAGGAGGGGGAGGAUCAACGGCAAUUGCGGCAGCAAACAGCCAACAUAACCGACAGCUGCCUUUGAAGAAAAUUCACCAGCUUCAUUUCGAUUCCAGUACAAACCGCAUCCAACAGAGCACCAGCCUUCCGGAGAUUUGCUAUGGCAGUCCGAUCUCACCGGCAACUAGCCGCGGUCCACAAAAUCAUUAUCCCCAGCAGCAUCAAACACAACAUCCAAACGACUCUACUUUGUGCGGAUCAUCGAGCGGGGGCGAUGAACCAGCCAGUGGUGGCGUCCCUAACGGUGCCCGCCAGCCAAAAGUACACGGUGGUAAACAUGUGAUUUUAGCUGUAGAAAAUAAGGAAGGCAGCUGGCCAUCGGUCGUCAAUGGAGGCGCGAGAAAAGAUUCACCGAUCUCCUUCUCUUCCACUUCACCAUCGCCAUCGUCGGAAGAAAAUUCUAUGGCGAUGGUACCGAUCAAGGUCAAAAAGGAUAGCAGCACCGCCGAUGACAACAAUGUCAACAGUUCCGGUGCUGUUGGCGUCAUAAAACACUAGGAAUUUUUAAUGGUGAUAUCUUCAAGCUUGUCGAUCGCUUAUCGAUACAAGCCCCUGAAGCAAGAGGUGAACCGCUUUCCGAGAUUAUUUACGAUGCGAUAGUGCCGCAUUUCAAGUGGGAUCCGACCCUUCUGCUGCCGCCUGUCGAACGAACGGUUGAAACUAAGUGUCAUUAGGAGAUUCGGAGGAACAAGGCUGUACUUCAGUGAAGGUUCGCUUUUUUGCACUCUAUCUCUCCAUGAAGGCUAUCGCAUUAUCGAUACACAUCUACUUGAAUUACCUUAUGAUUACUACACGUAAAUGAUUAUACUACACUAUAGAAAUGGGGCCCUGGCGGUCGGCAAAAGGGAAAUGGGUUGUUGCUGCCGACUGACCCAGCGGACCGUUGUGAGAGGUAAUAGAAUUUCAAAUGGGGCAAUGGGGCUCAACACUGAGCAAAUGCACAGGGAACGAAUUAGUUGGGAGGAAGACGUAAAGUAGUGACGGAAAAUGAAUGCAGGGAAGCGUGGAGCGUUGGUAUAGAAUUCCCAAUAGUGGGGGGUAUGAUGGCGGAAAGCAUAUAAGUAUGUACUGUUGAAGAGAUAUGUAUUAGAUUUUUCAUAUUAAUUAGAAAUCAUUUUUAGCACCAGCAGUAAGCAUAUGCAGACAUUAGGGGACACUGGGAAUGGGAAAAGUAAUUGCAAAGAAUGUGGAUAGGAGACGGAAUAGAACGAAUGAAAAUCUGAAUUAAAAAUAACUUUAUAAAACAAUAAAAAGCAAAUCAAAAUUAUCUUGUAUCUUGCUUUUUAGAAAAGGGAGCAAAAGGUACCAUAAACUUCCCCCAAUUGGCUAAAAAAGAAUACAUUCAAUUUCUUGUUCCUUCUUAAUAAUGUAUUUCUUUUAUUGAAUGGAUUUAAAAACGGCGAACAGAUAAUGGAAAAAGUCCUCUCAAUGAUGGCGUUAUCCUCGAAUAUGCAGAAAGGAAAUAUAAAGCAAAGGAAUAAGUACUGAAAACUGGAAUGGAAUAACAACUUCGAAGGGCCGGAGUAAAGUAUAUAUUGUUAAAAAGGCUAAAUGAAGAACACGAACACCCGAAAAAACUUCUAAAAUAUACAGCAGCGCCGAUAAUGGAAAUUAGGAAAUGAAACAGAAACAGAAAGUAAAAAGAAACUCUGCAUGUUGCUUCACUGUCUAAGAAAAUCAAGCAAAACCACAUUCAAUAUUACUAUAAAUAUGAUUAUGACUGUAACGAACUCAAUUCUGGCUACACAGUGAGCCACAGGAAAGGCGAAAGCAGAAAACAAAACAACAAACACAAAGUUUCAUAUUUCAAGAAGCAAGUAAAAACAAAACGAAACUAAACUCUAUUAUGAAAGUUGUAGAAUUGAAAGAGAAUGAAAAUAUAUCAUGAAAUUUACUUAACCU